UCGUGUCGUUCCCGCACAGCCUCCUGUGGCUGAUCGCCAGUGGCUCACUCCCGCGGGAAGACAACAGAGUUUUGUUUUAAACCUUAUUACUAUUGCACGGCCUCAUAAAAACCUUAAAUUGCGUUUCGACCGCUCCUCGCAGACGGCAGGCUUCCGGGCUGGAAACGUUGGAUAUUGUUGCAGGCUGGCUAACCUCCUUCAUCACCGCUUCCUCUAUCCUCCGUCUGUUCUAUUCCCUGUUCAUCUUCCUUUUCUUCUUCUUCUUCUUCUUCUCUUCUAGUUGUUGUUGUUAUUUCUAUUUCGACCAGGGAUUGUCGACCUCCUCCUCGUCCUCAUCUUUACUCAUCUUCCCACUACCUCCGACUCCUACACUCAUCCCUACCACUCACCCCUCAAUCUACACCUACACCCACCCCUCGCUCUACUCACACUCACCUCACCCCUACGCAUGCAACGACUCCGACUCCGCUAAACUCUGAACCAAUGUUCGACGAUUCCCUCUCCCCCGCUGCGCCCUCCUUCGACCAAGCCGACGCCUUCUCCGCGCGCUCGCCAGAUGAAUCCACCACCGCCCCCGACUCCCUCGCCUCCUCGCACUCCACCCGCCUCUCUAUGCUAUCGCGCUCAGCUCUCUUCAACCUACCGACCAUCGGGCCCGUCGCAGACGAUGACUUCUCCAAGAACCCGAACGCAAACGACCCCUCGGCGUCCUCGAUCUGGCGUCUCUACUCUAAAGCCAAAGCCACGCUGCCCUACCAGGAGCGCAUGGAGAACCUGUCCUGGCGCAUGAUGGCGAUGUCCCUCCGCAAAAAGAACUCGAUCUCAACCAACUCCUCCUCGUUCUCGCACUCGCCGUCGUCGUCGUUGGUCUCCAUCUCGUCCUCGCUCGGCUCCUCGUCCGCGCUCGCUAGUAGUAGCGCCGCCGCACCAGCUGGAUCCGCCUCGAUUAAUGCUCGUUCUCCGCAGUCCGCCACCCGCAAGUCGCCCUCAUCCACCGCCGUCGCCGACAGUCCACUCGCCUCCGAAGUCGGCAACGCCUUCAUCGACGAAAUCACCUACACACCUUCCUCCAUCGUCGGCUCGCCUUCGGGUCUCAACGUCUCCCCCUCUGCCGAAGCGCCCUACUCAAACUCCGUCUCCCAUGCUACCUCUUCCGCUAUCCCGAUCCGGUCUGGCAAGUCCGCCGACGCUCUUCCCAUCGACUCCCACGCUUCCCUCGGCCCCGGCUUUGACAUGAAGGGCGAGUUUGACUUUGACUCUAUGUCGUAUAAGAGUAAUAUGGAUGAUGACCGGAUGGGCAAGAAACGGCCGGCAGACUUUUCGCCGCUGAUGAAUACGAGCGAGAUGAACAUCGACGGCGAGCAUAAUCUGGCCGAAUAUAAUCUCGACGACCACGAGUCGCUUUCGUCGUCGUUCAACCCCUCGAACCCGUUCACCGUUUCGGAGUCGUUCAGCUCGCGAGCGGGCCGAGACGAGAUGGGUCUUUCGUCGAGCGUAAACAACCACAGCUUUGCGUUUUCUCCCGUGCAGUCGCCGAUGACUGGGAGCCAGAGUGCGUUUGUGAAUAUGUACGGCUCGCAGUCGCUUGCGUCGUCGGUGACCUCACAGGGGGAUUUUUACUCACCGCCACCGUCCGGCCCACAUUCGACCGUGUCGACUCCGCACCCGAUGACCGAGACGCGGGAGUCGCUGUUUUUUGACACAAUCACGACUCGCGAGCCGGCGCCUAAUCGACGGUCGAUGAAUUUUUCGACAUCGCGGCAAAACAGCACGCAGUCGCGACCUUCGCUCUCGCAGUCUUUUUCAUUUACUGGAGUGCAUGAUGGGUUCCCUCCCGGACCUACCGGACAGGCUACGCCGGGAGUCUCGUCCAACAACUUCAACUUCAACAACAGCAACUCUAACAACAGCAAUAACAGCAACGGCAACGGCAGCAACGGGCUGAGUUUUCAGCACGUGGACCCUUCGCAGGUUUUGACGCAUGACUUCAACAUGGAGGAUGAUGAUGCGCUGUUUGGACAGCAGACGCCCGGAGCUGAAUUUUUGGAUCUUCCGAGCGACUCAGACUCGAUGGGGAUGCAUAUCUCAGGGUCGCUGAGCAGUACUGGGGAUUGGAUGCGGCAUCGGGGAAGUGUGGGAGGCAGUGAUGCGCCUUCGCCGUUCAAUGGUAUGCCGAGCUCGCUUCCUACGCGGACGAGUCAGUUUCCGGUGAUGACGCCGCUGCAGGAUCCGUGGGGCCAGUCGACGACGAAUGUGAGCAAUUCAGUGCACGACAACCAGAACCGGGUGAGUCAGGAUAACUUUGGACGGAAGCAGAAGAUUGCGCGGACGCAGUCAGUUACGAAUACGGCUUCGUUAUUGCAGCAGAAUUUGGCGCGACGGAUACAGUCUAAUCCGGCGACGCCGCCGGAGCAGUUUAGUCCGAAUAGCACUGGAACGAACGGGUCGACUACGGCGGGCAGUGGUACUAGCACAGCGGCUACGUCUACCGGGAGUAUAUCGUCUACUACGAGUCCGAAUGCGAGCGGGAGUGCGUCGUUUACGGUGGUGAAAGCCAAUAAUAGCAGUAGUGCUAGCAGCGGCAAUACGAACAACAGCAACAGCAGUGGCACGAACAACAACAGUACGAACAACAACAGUACGAAUCGGACAGCUAGUGCAGCGUCGCCGAGUACGGUUGAUCCGAAGAACCCGGGGGUGCAGCCGAAUGGACAGCCGACGGUGUGCACGAACUGUCAUACACAGACGACGCCGCUGUGGCGACGAGAUCCGGAUGGGCAGCCGCUGUGUAACGCGUGUGGACUGUUUUUGAAGUUGCAUGGAGUUGUGCGACCGCUGUCGUUGAAGACGGAUGUGAUUAAGAAGCGGAACCGAGGGGCGGCGACGAUGCCGGGGACGCCGGGAAGCCAGCCUAGUUUGAGUCGAUCGAAUUCGAAGAAGGCGGUGCGGAAGAACUCGAUUGUUGCAGCGACGACGAGUGUGAAUGCAGGGGGCGCGAAUGGAGAUAGUCCACCGGUGAGCACUAGUGGACUGACGCCUAUCGCGCCGUUGACGUUCAACACCAAGCAAGAGAGCAAGUCUUCGACAGCGUCGCCGAAGAAUGGCUCACCAGCUCAGCAGCGAUCACCUAGUCAGCAGUCGGUGCCGUCGCCGAACAGCAACGGACAGACGAAGCUGUCGCCACCUCAGCAGCAGCAGCAGCAGAUUAGUUCAGAUGAUAAGAAAGGAAUUUCGAAUUCGCCAGCUACGAGCGGGAAUCAGUGGGAGUGGUUGACAAUGUCAUUGUAAGAGGAUUUAUA